UGGUACCUAAAACACAAUGAACAGAAAACCUGGUAAAUCGGUCAAUGAAUUCUACACUUUUAAUACAAAAAAAAUUACUUUUGAUGGGAUUACAGCUAAUUAAAAUUUAAAAUUCAAAUUAACUAUCUAAAAGGUCAUCUUGAAAAUCCGUAGGCAUCUGGUAUUUAUCAGCUGACACACAACUAAAGAUAAAUCCAGGAAAGCACGCCACCUUUCUAAGUGUCAUGUUUCAGUCAAUCCCGCACUGAGAGCAGGAAAGAGGCAACGAGCAAUUAGCACCGCUCGGGGAAAGUGAUAAUGUGUAAUAAAAACUUGCUGCUCAAUUCGAUUUGUUUUCAAUAUACAUUUCUGAUCUCUUUAAGGGAUUUCUUCUUUAACCCCACAGCGCGUAUGCAACGCAUGCUCCAUAAUCUUUAGCUCUCGGACACGGACCAAACUUAGUAGAAGCCUCUUAAAGGACUCUUUUAUAUACUUGCCAUUAAUCUGGCUACGUCAAAACACACUGCAAGGAGAGGGGGGCGGUGAUCUCAAGGCCGCAUCAGAAUUUUUCUUAAGUCUACCUGUAAUUCGUGACUCAAUUAGCCCUAGUUUAUGACAGUCACAUGACCCAAUCCUAGCCACAUGUCGUGGAUUAGAGAUUUGUGCUGGUAGGUCUUUCGCAGCAGGCACGACCGAACGGUGCCCUAAGCAGCUGUGCGGCCAGCUAAGGCAGGACACGGCCGGCAUGGAAGCAGCCCAGCCCGCGGGGUUCCAAAGUGAGAGUUAACCCCUUUGGGCGCACCAAAAAAAAAAAAAAGUUCCCAGGACUUGGAAAGUUGGGGCUCAUCGCGGUGGCGCGAGGCCAAUGGCUAUCAUCGCAAAAGCUUCCGCUGCGAACCCAGGAGAGGCUCCCCAUGCGCGAGCUGGCGCCGACUCCCGGCUCUGCCGCUGCCAAAGAGGGUUAUGAAGGAAGAAUGGAGUUUCCAGACCAUAGCCGCCAAUUGCUGCAGUGUCUGAGUCAGCAGCGUCACCAGGGCUUCCUGUGUGACUGUACUGUUUUAGUUGGAGAAGCUCAGUUCAGAGCCCACAGAGCUGUUCUUGCUUCUUGCAGCAUGUACUUCCAUCUUUUCUACAGGGACCAGUUAGACAAAAGGGAUAUUGUGCAUCUGAACAGUGACAUUGUCACAGCCCCAGCCUUCAGUCUGCUGCUUGAAUUCAUGUACGAAGGCAAGCUGGAGUUUAACAGUCUUCCAGUUGAAGAUGUGCUCGCUGCAGCGAGCUACCUUCACAUGUAUGACAUUGUGAAAGUCUGCAAGGGCAAGCUGAAAGAUAAAGAAUUGUGUUUGGAAGAAAAGAUGAAUGAGGAUGUGGCUAAUUUGGAAAAGGAAGAGCAUUUUUUAGACCCUGGCGUGCACCUGGUACACGAGUUUGACCCGGGACACAAACAAAAAUUCAAUGUAGCAGAAUAUGAUAGAACAACUAAUAAAGAUAAGGUCAGUGGUCACCCUGGCUGGUCCUCUGAUUCUAUAAGUGUCAGCUCUGUGUCUGCAGAGGCAGAAUCGUGUACCAUAGCAGCUGGAAAAACAAAAGCUAAUGUCAAUAGUUCCUCAGGACCUUUGUCCCAAAGGUCUGUUAACCAUCCCCCGGCUCCGAGUGAUGUGGACUGUGCUCUGGAUUUGUCUUUCAAGCCUGUGUCUGGGAGAGAUUCCUUACACCCCUCCUACGUCUUUGGACAGCUGGCUUCCGACAGCCAGCAGCAGGGUACUGAGCCACUUGUUAAAGAUGAACAAGACUUGCUGUCAGAUCAGGAGGACAGUGAAGCAAGGAGUCCAGAGAGUCAGCAUUUUGGGAAUUCAGCCAAAAGCCUAGUGACAGGGUUAGGACACAUGUUCGCGGGAAACGGCAAUUCUCACACAAGAGAAGAUGAGAUAGAUCAAGACAGAGAUGAAAGUGAAGAUGACAUGGAUUCAUCAGAUAUCUCCUCCUCUGGUGUGCUUGUGCCUCCUGGACAUAUCUGCAUUUGCCCGCUCUGUAGCAAAGUUUUUCCAAACCCGCACAUCCUGCAGCUGCAUUUGAGCUCUCACUUCAGAGAUAAAGAUGGCUCAAGGACCAGGUUGUCACCUGACGGUUCGGUGCCUACCUGUACGCUUUGUGGGAAGACUUUUUCUUGCAUGUACACCUUAAAGAGACACGAAAGAACUCACUCAGGUGAAAAGCCUUAUACCUGUGCCCAGUGUGGAAAGAGCUUCCAGUAUUCCCACAAUCUCAGCCGUCAUGCAGUAGUGCAUACCAGAGAGAAACCCCAUGGCUGCAAAUGGUGUGAGAGACGAUUUACACAAUCCGGUGACUUAUACAGACACAUCCGUAAAUUUCAUUGUGGCCUCGUAAAGUCCUUGGUGGUUUGAGGACAAGCUUUUAACUUUUGUGUUGCUAAUGUAAUGUGUGGGUUUUUUUUAAAGGCAGCAUCUGAUUUUCUUUUUUAUUUAUCUUCAUAUCCGUAAACGAUGUUGAAAGAUGCUUAAGAGUACACUACAAAGGCCUUUUUGCCAUAGCCGCCUUUUUUUUUUCUUCCUGUUUCCCUCGCCGCUUGUUGUCUGCUGUGCACCAUUGUUACAUUAUUUCCAAGUUAGUAGGGAGAAAAUUAUUUAAGUACUUCUGCAGUGAUUUAGUUUCUAUCUUUCAUGCUGUAAGUACUUGCUUAAUGUUUGCCAUCCCCUUUUUUCCAAUUAACGCCCCCGCCCCCCCAGAAUUAGAGAAAUACGCCAAGAUUUACUAAAGUCCCCUAAAUUCUACCUGUGUAUCUCAUGACAGCAAAAGAGCUGAACUAUAGCUUAUUUUAAUGUGUAUUGAGGGAAUCUGCUCACUGAACUCCAUAUGCCUCUAGAUGAGCCAUACAGUCUUUUCAAAAAGUGGCUUUUUAAUUGGCCCAGUUUUCAAAAGAGGUUUGAGAAUUCCUUGAAUUGUACUUACGUAUCUGGUACAGUUUGGCCUUUGAGUCUUACUAUUAUAUCAAAGUAGGUUUUCAAUCAAUCCUAAAAUCUGAAUGAAAAGUCUUGCAUACAGAUUUGGCAUACUUGGAAGUAAAGGGUUUUUUGUUCUUGUUUUUUAAACAUCUUUCUCCCCUUCCCUCCUCCAAGGACUACUGUUUGUGGAAUGGCACUGAGCUGCUUUUGAACUUUAAAAUGUGGGUAGAAACAUGUUUCUAUCUGCACUGUAUUCAUGCCUUAGCUGUCCAAGGAUACGCACUAGAGUACACUUGUAAGCUCAUAUGAUAUAUGAACAUGUUUUCAUCCCUGUCUCAACAAACACAGGGACCAAUCCUGCUCCCAUUGGAGGACAAUUACUUCAGUGAGUAAACUAUCAGUGGAUGCAAGAUUGGGCCUGUAAUAUGUGCCAUAACCUUGCUUACACAUUGGGGACUGGAUAAAAGUACACAACUGUGCAGAGGCUGGUGAAGGAAAUGAAAUGGCUGAGCAGCUAGUUAGGAACUGAUGACCAGUAUCCUUAAGAGGAAAUUGGUCAGUAUAAUAAUGAAUCAGUUUCUUUAACAGAGAUUUCUGAUUGGUUCAAGAUCCUGUAGAAUCUUUUGAUACUAUAAAAAACAAACCCCAAAUCUUUAAUUUUACUAAAUGACUUAUGGUAAAGAUCAGAAGCUUGAAUUUUUUUUUUCAUGGCUUACGUGGUGUUAAAGUUGGCAACUGCCCUGGGCCAAGUUCUGUGGAAUUUACUAAUUUCUGGGGUAGCACAAAUGCAAUCCAGCACAGGAACUUGGCCCUGCUAGUUUCACACCAGCCAAAUGAUAUAUUAACUUUCCCACUGUUCUCUUAAUAUAACUAGUUAUUGAAUUCUCUUGUUCUCUUAGGCAGAUAACUAUCUUUUAGUCUGUAUGUCAGUAAAUAUCAGAUUGUGCCUCUCCACUUCAAAGGGUCCAUUCAAGGAACACACACAUGCAGAUCUGAAUUCUUAUUAUAUCUGUGGUUUUGAAUUUCAUUUUUUCUGGACUGAAUCUUUUUUAGUUAAGAAAAAUAAGUUAUUUUGUCAAGUUUACUGACACUCCUGGGAUGGCUUCUUGAAGUUUAAUCAUUUAUUUUUAAAUGAAUUUGAAGCACUGAAGUGGAUUCUUCAGAAUAUUGGAUUUCAUCCCAAAAGAAGGAAUUGUCCAGCAUUUCCUUUUAUAUGUUUUAAGUAAGCACUACUACCUAUGUGGUUUCAACAGUGUAAUUGUGAUAUUGAUCUACUAGUGAAAGUACUUUAAAAAAAAAUCAGGACGUCACUUGUUGCAACCUCCUUUUUAUUCAUCUCUUAAACUAUGAAUGUACAUGUAAUGUGAAAUUUUACUUCUACUUUUAGUUUGUUCAGACUAACUUCUUUGUAUCACUGUAAAAUAUCUUUUGCUGAACCUGUUACAUAGGAACAUGGGAGAGCACUGUAUGUUUAAACAGAAAUGGCUUUGGUACUUUGGUACUGUGGUCUUAUUUUUACUUAAUCACUUUUUUUUGCUGUGAUUGGAAAUAGCACUGAACAAAAAUCUACUAAAAUUAAGUUAUUUUUUUUCUCCUGAUGAUACUUGAUAUAGUAUUUAUUAGAAUUAUUUGAAGUGGAAUUAUUACUGUUAAACUAUUUCAAAGUAAGUUAAUCUAUGCUUCACCUUCAAUCUUACACAAAUGUCUGUACAUGCUGUAAAGAACAACUAAUACAGUAGUGGUGUUAUCUAAACUAGCAAUAUUUUUUUAAAUUUUGCAUUUUUUGCGAUACUGCUGUUGCAUUUCACUCACUUCCUAUUUUUGUGUGUGGUUUUUUUUUUUAUUUUUUUUAUUAAAGAUCCAGUAUCCUAAAUUGUGCCAUAAGACAUUAAUAUAGGGGCAGGGGAAAGUCAAAACAAGUUUGUAUCUGACUUUAGUCUAGAAAUAACUCACGAAACUAAUGCUGUGAGCAUGCUCUGUAUUUCAUUGAAAAUGGGAUACUGGUUUUAAAAAAAUAACAAGGGGUGGGUUUUUUUUCUUUUAGUGCAUUAAUGCAUUGUUCUUUACUCAUAGCUUAGUAUUUUUCUCCCCAACCUUAAUAGCUUGAAUUUUUAAAUUAAAGAUGUUUGCACUUUUAUUUUAAAGUGAUUUUUUUUUUUGGUGCACUCUGUCUUUGGGAUCUUUUUAAAGUUGCAAUAGCUUUGAGCAUGUCUUCAAAAAUGUUUCAUUACAGAGAAGUACUAAAAACAUUGCACACUUAUGUUUUCAUAAAAUAUUUCACUGUGGGGGAGUUCCUUCUCUGUAGAGAAUAGUACUGCUCUAAAUUUUAAAACACUGGAUUUGUCUACUACUACUACAAACAAAUACUGUGAAGUUAAUGUAAAAAAUCAUCAAUAUUUUUAAUUGUUUUUAAUCUUGGUGCGGUUCAGAUUAAAUAUGUAUAUUUAAAGACACUAAUUUUUGUGAGAGUUUUAUAGUAUACAGGAUGUAGAAAAGCUCUUGGAAUGGAAUAUAUUUUAUAAAAAUGUUCUAUCACUGUUUUAUAGUGAGCUAUUUUUUCUUCAGUGUUAGUAUUAAACUGUUUAGUCUAGAUACGACAAUCGCGUAAAGAGUGACUUUAAGAAACUAUUGUUAGCGCUUAGUAUUUUUGCGUGCAGUUUUGUUUGCAGCUGUAUUGGUGUGUGCUGUAAAAUGUGACAAUCGUGAUGAGGAUUGUUGUCUUUAUAAAUUUACACAAAAUAAAAUGUGAUAGAGUUGUA